AUGCGCCACCGUGCCUCCAGGCACGCUGCGGCGUGGAAACAAAACCAAGGUAUGUCUGGUAAUGGUUGCUGAAUUCAAAUAAGGGGCCGCCCUUUCCGCUACCAGUAGAGCAGGCUCCUGCGUGCAUCCCCCCUACUCACCGAGGCAACUUCCCUCGAGCCAGCUCAAAAAUGCGGCAUUUCCAGCAUGGCAGCAAAUGCCUAGGCCCUCAUUCCAUGUGUAUUCGCCCGAGGAUGAUCAAUGAACUUCGCGCGCUGUGCUGCGCGAAGCGCAGCCGUCUGCCCGCACUCGCGCUGCUCCCCUGGAGGGGGGGAGGCGGGGCGAGGAGGGGGAGGGGGGGAGAGCGAGGAGGAGGAUGAGGAGGCACAAGUCCAUACUGCACAGAAGGCGCGGAGGCAGCGGGCGUUGGAAGAGGAUUCCAUUUUGGGAACUCUCCCACGGGCAUGCCACGCGUCAGCCUGGCUGCAGUCUUGAGUUCAGUUGCACGAAUUGGAGAAAACAUUUUUGGGCGGGGCUUACAUGCUGCACCCGCGGACCUGAGCGUCGGGCGUGCAUCAGGAUCCCUCUCCCACCCCACCGGACCACCACCUCCACAACCGAGACCUGUAUGGGAUCGGUGGCGUGUUGUCCAUAUAUUGCCGGUCCCGGGGAGGAGAGCCAGUAAAAAACUGCGGGCUACUACAAAUUACAAGGCGGCGUCACGCGAGAGCACAACGGCUGUCGGGUGUCGUCACGGGUCCUGGCGGCAGAGGGUCGAAAGGCCCCUGCCACCCGGGAAGGAGGGGGGUGAGGAGGAGGAGGAGGAGGAGGAGAAAGGGCGCAUGGAGGAGGUUGGGGCGAGCAAAAAACAGUGGGCUGCAAAUUACGAGGCGGCGUCACGCGAGAGUAGCACGUCGGGUGUCGGCGACGGCCAUGCCAGCGGACCCAGCCAUCAGGGAACUUGACGGCUCCAGCUUGGGCAGAGGCAGCACCCCCCGGCCGUCCCGGCUGGCCUCAACAGGCCCUGCGAGUAGCGCACAGUCCAGGGCGGUCGCGAUACGCCAAUCCCAACCCUGGGGCGCGGAGGGCCCCACUGCAGGGGCUCCGCACGAGGCGGCGCCAAGGUGCUGAGCCCGCCAGACAGAGGCCAGCCGGGACUGCCUGUGGGGGUGGGGGGCUGUCCGUGCGCAGCCCCAAAGCCCUGC